AUGGCAAAAUUGGCUUGCUUGGUCUCUUUUUUCUUUUUGGUUCUUUCUCUUUUGGGCCUUUCUCAAGCAAUCUCUUCUUGCAGGGAGCCAUGUCAAACCUUGAAAAAUUGUAAAGGUCAAUUGAUUUGUAUAAAUGGCCAAUGUAAUGAUGAUCCCGAUGUUGGAACUCGCAUUUGUUCAACCGACAGUGAUAACGGAGCAGAUGGAGAAAAAUUUCGUUGUGAGGCAUUUGGAAGAUUACAUUGCAAAGGCAAAUCGUUCCCCCAAUUCAAAUGCUCGCCUCGAGUGACUUCCUCAACUCGAGCUAUCCUAACAAAUAAUGACUUUAGUAAAGGUGGGGAUGGAGGAGACCCGUCUGAGUGUGAUGGAAAGUUCCAUCAUAACUCUCAACCAAUAGUGGCAUUGUCCACGGGUUGGUACAACGGGGGAUCUAGAUGUGGAAAGAAAAUUAGAAUUACAGCGAGAAAUGGACGGUCGGUUUUGGCUAAGGUGGUGGACGAGUGUGAUACAAUUAAUGGAUGCGAUAAGGCACAUGCUCACCAACCACCGUGUCGAAACAAUAUCGUGGAUGGUUCUAAUGGAGUGUGGCAUGCUUUAGGGCUUGAUAUAAAUGUUGGUGAAGAACCUGUCGUCUGGUCAGAUGCUUGA